AAAAAAAAACAACAACAACAAAAAAACAAAACUCUCAAAAACAAAGAAGCGCUGAUACAUCUUCAUGGCGCAUAGUACAACACAGUUCAAAAGUCAGACUCCGGGUUACUGGAGCGGUAAAACUCCAGGCAUUCCAGUAUCUUAAUCGUGUAUCAAGUAAACUGACACUCAAGAGAAGGCGUCUCCCCUACAAUAUGAUGACCAGCCCAUCAGGCCAGAACCCAGGUGGCAGGGUUCUAAGACCCUUCUACCAGGGCGGAGCAAGAUCGAGACUCGUUCUCCGAGUCCCCCCGCCCAGGGGACAGCUGGCUCUGACCGACUAGCUUUCACCGAGGCCCCGCCCCGCUUCCACUCCGGCGUAGAGGACUGCUGCAGCGAUGGCGGCCGCUGCAGGCGACGCGGCCUACUUCCGGACGGGUAGUCUGCUCUGGUUCACGGUCAUCACUCUCUCCUUCGGAUAUUACACAUGGGUUGUCUUCUGGCCUCAGAGUAUACCUUAUCAGAGCCUUGGGUUCCUGGGCUCCUUCACUCAGUAUUUGGUGGACCACCAUUCUGCCCUCCUGCGCAAUGGGUUUUGGCUUGCCUGGUUGAUUCAUUUGGGAGAGUCAUUAUAUGCCAUGGUAUUGUGCAAGUAUAAAGGCAUCACAAAUGGUCGGGCUCAGCUACUCUGGUUCCUACAGACUUUCCUCUUUGGGAUAGCAUCUCUCUCCAUCUUGAUCGCUUAUAGACCGAAGCGCCGGAAACAAACCUAAAGAGAUCCAAAAGCUUUCUUUACACUUUUACAUUCAACCUCAUUUUUUUUGGGAUGGUGCCGGGUUUACUUUGAUCUUACUACUUUCCAGAAAGUGUUUAGAAACACUCCAAAGCUACUUAAGACCCUCUAGUUAUUCUCUUUCCCCCUCCCCUUAAAUUCUGGUUGAGCUUAAAUAGACUAGUUGCUACUUAAGAGAGAAGAAGACUUAUUCAGUAUCAUUCCAAUGUUCAUGUAAAAACUGCAGAACCCUGCCGGUGUGCCUUCAUCUUGCCAGUUCUGCAGACUAACCAAUCUGGCAGGGGCCUUUCAGCUACCUUCUUGAGGUCCUUUGCUGUGCUGCUGCUCUCCUGUCAUCUGGGCUAAGCCAUAGACUCCAUUUUUUGCUCCCACCUUCUGGUGAAAACGCCUUAUCCUCACCACCACCCACCUCACCUCUCCUUUCCCCAGUUUUCCACCUUUCUGGACCAAGGUAAAGUGAUACUGCCACAGUACAUCACUUCCACACAUGUUUAUUAAGUGCCAGUGAGGCAAGAUCAUAUCCUUUCUCACUUCCAUUUCUCAAACUACAGAAGACGAGGAAGACAAGAAAGCGCUGAGAAUGGGGCAGGCUGAGACUCAAGGGGAGAAGAUGGAGGAAUGCCUUCCCUGUGCUGCCCGCCAGUGCAGUCUGUCUCCACAGGAGCCCCGGGACACAGUGCUCUCUCUAGUGUGCAGGGGUCUGAUGGCCACCACUUGAUUGUUUCUUCAGCUCAGGGCCAUGUCUUAAACAUCUUUACUUUCCCCCAGCACCUGUUCCCACUGUCUUGCACACAGGCGUUCUAUAGUGCAUAGUGAACAAGAGAGGGAAAUUCGUUUUACUUUCCACUUGUUCACUAUGAUUCCAAUUUUUAUGUGAAAACUACAGAACCCACCCAGUAUACCUUCAUCUCAAAAGAAAAGCACAAGAUCACCUUGGACCGAUAGUACCACUUUUGUGUGGGUCCCCUGGUGGGAAGCCUACAUCUUUUUUCACAUUUUUCUAUUGUCACUUUGUCCAGACUCUAGGUCUCCCUCUCGCCCUGGCUUACUCAGACACAUGGACGUUGCCAUUCAAGAGAUUUUAGCCCAUGGAUUAACCAACCAGUUAUUACCUCUCCCAUUCAGCUGGUUGUACCUUAUUAAGUACUGAUAGGUUGGGAUGGAGAGGUUCCUCUGUUUCUUUGCCCUGGCAGAAUGGCUUUGUCACCCCCCCUAGAAGCCAUUAAGGCUCUUUCCUAAAGGACCACGUGCUUGUUCUCUGAGGACUAGUCCUCAUUUCCAUUCUCUGAUGCAAGGGGGCAGGUUAUGUGCAUAAGACAAACACUUGUGAGAAACACACCCCUUGCCCAAGUGAAAGCAUAACCUGGAAAGAUUGUGGACUAUGAGAUGUUCCUAAUGGAGAUAAAUGUCCAUAAACAGAUCUAUCUUAUUUCAUU